UUGAAACGCUCAUCAGACAGGCGGAGAAUUAUACAAGCAUGCUCUUUUGCAACACCUAUAGGGACAUGGCUUUUGAGGCUGUGGCACCAGUUCAGGAGUUCUUCACGGAUGUGGGGCUUUUUGUUUUUGGCACAGACAUUAGUACUGAAGAGUUUGUACACAGAUUCUUUGACACACUCUUUCCACUGGUCUACAAUCAUCUCAUUCAUCCUGGCUCAACAGACAUUACGCUGGAAUAUUCAGAAUGUAUUCACAUGGCAAGGCGGGAGAUAAAACCUUUUGGCAACAUUCCCCAGCUGGUCGUGGGGCAAAUGGGGAGUUCCCUGUUACCCAGCCGCACUUUCUUGCAAGCCCUCAAUUUAGGUAUUGAAAUCAUCAAUACCACAGAUCACCUGCAGUUGUCGAAAGAGUGCAGCAAAGCCUUACUUAGGAUGCAGUACUGUCCUCAUUGUCAAGCACUGACUUUAAGUAAACCGUGCAUGGGAUACUGCCUUAAUGUUGUGAGGGGAUGUCUGGCCAACGUGGCUGAAGUUGACCCCCAUUGGCAGAGAUACAUUCAGUCCCUAGAAGAGCUAUCUGAUGCAAUGCAUGGAAUGUAUGACAUAGAGCAUGUGCUUCUCAACUUCCACUUAUUUGUUAAUGAUGCUAUUACCCAGGCUCAUAUCAAUGGACAAAAAAUAUCAGAACAGGUGAACAAGAUAUGUGGAAACCCUGUCGCAACACCUACACAGACUCCUGACUGUUCUCUUGAUCAGAGUAAAGAUAAACAAGGGAUGAAGAUUUCCUCAGCAAGAGACAAUGAAGAAACACUUAGCAACAGAAGAAAAGAAUUUAUUGAUAGCCUGCGUCUCUACAAGACUUUCUAUGGAGAGCUAGCUAAUCAACUCUGUGUGAAUGAAUUAGCAGCUGCAGAUGGAUUGCCCUGCUGGAAUGGAGAGGUCAUAAAAAGCUAUACUCAACACGUAUUUGGAAAUGGAAUCACAGCUCAAUCUGGGAAUACCGAAAUGAAGGUGAAAGGAACUGAUGCCGUAAUAAAUCAAAUUGUAGACAAAUUGAAACACAUUAUUCAGUUGUUGCAGGGCAGAGCUAUUCCAAAACAUGAAAGAUGGGAUCUUUUCCAAAUGGGCAGUGGUGGAAGUAUAGAAGAUCUAAUCAGUGGAGACUGUGAUGAUGAAGAUGGUUGUGGAGGAUCGGGAAGUGGAGAAGUAAGGAAGAUAAAAAUUCCAAACUGGAUGCCAGAUGAGAUGAACCUAAAUGACAUAAAGCGAAUCCAUCAAACAGACGGUGGCAGCAAUUUGGACAAAACUGGAUCAGGAUGCACAGCAGUUGUUGCAUAUAUAACAUUUUCACUGAUUGGUGUGGUAACAUUACUUCUCAGUUUUUGGUAAAAGAACAGAUAGUAUGUCCUAUUGCAGUCAUUCUUCCCCUUACCCCUAUAAACCUGUAUAAGGGAUCUGUUGAAUGAAGAAGUUAUGUCUGUCAGUGCAGUUUGUCACAUUAACCUCCUACAUGUCAACUCCAAAUGAUCUAAGAAGUGGUUGAGUAUCUUCUUAGUAAGGCAUAUGUUGAUUUUUUAUAUUUCUUUUUCUUUUUUGUCCAAAUUUAACGUGCUGCAUUUGUAGCUUAUUCUACAUGAAUUAAUUUUAAAUAAGAAUACCUGAACACUCCUAGUAUGUUUUGGGGAUUCAAUGUUUUAUAUUUCUUUAAUCCCUGCAUGAGAAAACCUUGAUUGAUAUAGGAUGUAGAAUUGGAAAAAUAGUGAGUAUCCUUCAGAGUGAACACUAAGACAGCAAAAAUGAGAACACCAUUAAAUUUAACCAGAAACAAUACAUAUUUUACAAUAUGUAAACUCCAACUAAUGAACAGGCAACCUGGAUUGAAGAAUAACGUUUCACACAAAGUAGCAAUUUUGUGGAUUUUUUUGUCUCUAGUCCAGCCACUCACAAUCUCACAAUCUAUUAUUUUUGUUUGAGGUUUAUUCUUAUCCCCCAUAUCUAGAAUUUUUCUAGGAGUAAUGCCUGCCAGAACUCUCCUUAUGCCUACUAGAUUAAUUUAUGCCUACUAGAUUAAGAUAUGCUGUAUAGCAUUCACAUGUGGCAUAAUUUUGUAGUCUUACUAAACCUAUUGAUUUUUAGGUGACAAUCUAUAUAGGAAUAACAAUCAUUGACAUUAUGUUUUGAAAACCACCUGAAAUCUUGUUUAAAAUUUAAACUUUGCAUGAACAGCUGGCUAUCUAGGCUAUUUCAGAUGCUUGUGGAUAUCAAAUGUGAAAUGGGCAAUACAGAAUGCAUGAAAAGUUAAAAUUACUAGUUGUCCUAUUCCAAAGGUGUUGAACCACAAUCACUAAUGUUCCAAAUUGUGAUGAAAUGUUUCAGCUUUAACUGAGUUGGUGACCUCUACCAUACUACCUGAAGCGGCUUCUAGACUGUGAGCCUCUUGUUGGGUAGGGAUUGUCUCUGUUGCAGAAUUGUACUUUCCAAGCCCUUAGUACAGUACUCUGCAUACUCAAUAAAUACCAAUGAAUGAAUGAAAGAGGGCAAGAUAAGGCAGUCCCUAUUCGAAUGUGUCACAUUCAGUUGGCAUUCUCAAUUAGUGUGAGCCCAAUGCACAAACAUCCUGACACAAUGAGCCCAAGAACAAAAUGAAAUGAAGCAAGAGGCCAACAAUAUUUAUUAGGCAAAAAUGAUUUAUUACAGAUAGUAACAUGAAGGCAAAAAUGGGUAGCCAGCCAUAUUAUUUUCUGGAUUUUUUGCUUACGAACUGUUAGCCCAGGUUGACACUAGAACUGGUAAGCCCAGGCUGGCAUAUAGGGCACACUGUGCUCAGACCUCAGAUACUGCCAACAUAUUCUAGAACCCCAGUGUUCACACUAGAUCUUCCCAGACUCCCACAUCUGCUCCCGCAAACGCCCACUCACAAUUCUUCCUUCUUAAUAUUCCUCAAACCAAACCGUAAACUCUCCUAAAUCACCUUAUCUUGAACUCCCGAACUCUUCAUUAAAUAUAUUCCUUUCCCUAUCUGUCUACUUUUUCCCUCCCCAUCCCUAGAAUCCUGUCUUUCCUAGAUGGAUUGACUAACCAAAUCAGCAUUGCCUAAUAGAUAGAGCAUGGACCUGGGAGUCAGAGGACCUGGUUCUAAUCCCAGCUCUGCCACUUGUCU